GAAAAGAGUGACAGUUGAAGCAAUCGACAAAAUCGAGAAUGGCAAUAUCAGGGGAUUUGAGGGUCGCUGCCACUCUGGCCUCUUAUCAUCAACAUCCUCUUCGAAGCUCAUUACCUUCUUCAAAGGUAGAUUUUACUGGUUUCCUGAAUGGAGGAUCAAGUGUUUCUGAAAUUUCACCCAAAUGGAAUGGCAUAGUUCUUCGUAAUCGUAGCAUGUGCCAAUCUAAACGAUUUUCUGGUACAUCGGGAGACUACAAACUGUCUUCAGGUUCCAUUAACCAAGAAAUUGAGAGCUUCCUCCUGGAUGCCAUCAAUAUGAGCUUCUUUGAACGUCUAAACUUGGCUUGGAAGAUAGUCUUCCCAUCUCCAAUGACGAGAAGGAGCUCUAACGCAAGGAUUGCCAAGCAGCGCUUGAAGAUGAUUCUCUUCUCUGACCGAUGUGCAGUUAGUGAUGAGGCGAAAAGGAAGAUUGUGAGCAACAUUGUGCAUGCUCUGUCAGACUUUGUGGUGAUAGAAUCACAGGAUAAAGUUCAGCUGAGUGUGUCUACUGAUACAGAUCUUGGUACCAUUUACUCUGUUACUGUGCCCGUGCGGCGUGUGAAGCCAGAAUAUCUAGAUGUUUAUGAUAAUGGAACAAUAGCAAACGUUGAGUAUAAGGAUACCGGAGAAAUUUCUGGUUCUGUAGAUGUCAAGUUUGAUUUCUUCGUCCCAGAUGAAUGAUCAUUUGGUUUUUGAACUCUUAAGGACAAAAGCAAUGUGUUUGCCUAGUUUUAGAAGUUUGUUUUGUUAGAUGUUUGAAUGUUCAGCUGGUGCAGUGACUGCACAAUUCUGUAUAUAAAUGAAAUUUCAUGUAAGGUAAUUGGAAAUUUUGCUCUGUUUUAAUCUCUAAUAUGAUUGAAUGUUUUUGUU